GGGAGUCCCUUGGUCAUGGACCCGAAUAGCAUUUGCAGGAAGACCAAACGUCUGGCGGGCAAGCAGGCCGAACUCUGCCAGACCCAGCCGGAGAUUGUUAACGAAGUUGCCAAGGGCGCCAAGCUGGGUGUGCGGGAAUGUCAGUACCAGUUUCGCUUUCGACGCUGGAACUGCACCAGCCAGAACAAGUACUUUGGCAAAAUUCUCCAACAAGACAUCCGCGAGACGGCGUUUGUGUAUGCCAUCACAGCAGCAGGAGUCACACAUGCAGUGACGCAGGCCUGCAGUAUGGGGGAGCUGCUGCAAUGCGGCUGCGAGGCCACGCGGAGCAGAGGACCACCGCCACGGCUGGCCAGCAUGGGGCCCACAGAGGGGGUCAAGUGGGAGUGGGGCGGCUGUGGGGACGAUGUGGAGUUCGGCUACGAGAAGUCCAAGCAGUUCAUGGAUGCCAGACGGAGGAAGGGCAAGAGCGACAUACGUACACUAAUAGAUCUACACAAUAAUGAGGCUGGACGACUGGCAGUGAAGAAUUAUAUGAGGACUGAAUGUAAAUGUCACGGGCUGUCUGGCUCAUGCACUCUGAGGACCUGCUGGAAGAAAAUGCCUCACUUCCGCGAGGUGGGCGACCGGCUGCUGGAGCGCUUUAACGGGGCAUCCAAAGUCAUGGGUGGGAAUGACGGAAAGACUCUCAUCCCAGUGGGGCAGAACAUCAAACCUCCAGACAAGCAAGAUCUCAUCUACUCGGCUGAGUCGCCAGACUUCUGCUUGCCCAACCGGAAGACGGGUUCCUUGGGCACACGUGGAAGGACGUGCAACAGCACGGCACUGGACGUCAGCGGAUGUGACCUACUGUGUUGCGAACGGGGUCACCGGGACGAGACGGUGGUUCUGGAGGAAAACUGUCUUUGCCGGUUCCACUGGUGCUGCGUUGUCCAGUGUAAAAAGUGCUUGGUCAGGAAGGAACUGAGUUUGUGUCAGUAAUCCAGACGCUUGACGAUUCCAAAAAAAAAAGAAUCUAAAACAUUCCAGAUUCAUGUAAACACAUUUCAAACCCUGAGGCUUUGGAAAGGCCUGGAGGAGUGUCUGACUUGUGAUUCACCCUUCAGAAACCCCGGGACUGUAAGGAAUACUUCAGACCUAACAGGGGUUAAUCAGCUGUGAAGUCACCAGGCUUUCGUGUAUAUUUUUUCUGUUAUAUCAGCCCUAUUUAAUGAGUUCAGACUUGAUGAACGGAAGCUCAUCCACAUCAGCACCACAGCCACUGUGUGUUGGCUGAAAACUGAAGUGACAGAACGUCAAGAUAAGGAUUUUUUGGCAUAUCACUCUGGAUAUGAGACGAGACUGUUAUUUAUAAGCAUUUAAUAUCAUGACUACUUCUUGUGACUAAUGCCCUGUCGUUUUCUUUCAAAAGCACUUUGAGAACUUUUAACGGAAAAAGUAAGAGGCCAUUUUACUCUUAGACUCAAAGAUGAUAAACAAACACAAGAGAAGCUACAUGUUAAACUAGGGCUGGGUGAUAAACGAUAUCUUCAUCAUUAUGGAUUGAUCUAAUAGCUAUCACCACAUUACGAUGGGUGAUGAAUUUACAUGCACAUUCUUAUCCCGAUUAUGUUCAAAGGUAAAGUUCACCUGAAAAUGAAAACUUACUCACAUUUUACUUAUCCUGUGUGGUUCCAAACCUUUACGUUGACAUCAAUACUAUGAUGAAAAUAGUGUGGAAGUCAAGAAAAUAAUAUGGAUACCAGUUUCCACUUUUCUUUAAAGUAUUUAAUUUUGUGUUCAACAGAAGAAAGAAAGUCAAACAGGUUUAGAACAUGUGGAAAUGGAGUAAAUUACAUCAUUUUCAUUGUUGGUUGAACUACCCCUUAAUAAUUCAACAAUGCACAAAAACAUGUAAAAGCACUAAAGCCUGAACUUAGCUUAAAUGUAGUAUGUGAACUGGGAAACAAUAGGGGCAGCAAACGUCUUGAACAUAAAAGUCUAACACAACAGCACUAAAACACAGAAAUCAUAACACAUAAUAGAAACAGGCCGGGCUCAUUGGAAAUAUGCUACUAUGGCAUCCUUUCCAGGUGCAUUUCACUGCACUUUUCUUAUGAAAUGUCCACAAGAUGAUGGUGUUUGUUAUACAUCAGCAAAUCUGAACUAUACCCUUAAAUUAACCAACAGGUUUUAAGAAUGUCAGAAAAGUUGUCUAUAUGAAGACGCAAAUGUAUUUGUUUGCAAAUCAUGGUAAUUUCAAUGUGUUGAGAUAUUGAUCAAGUAAUACUGUACAAUUUUGUUUAUACUAAAAUAUGGCUUCAUUUGCUACAAUCAGUCCACGUACUCAUAAUAACAACAUUCACUUAGAAACUGCAUUAUAUUGGGUUUCAAUGCAGUUUUGCUGUUUUUAUUUAAUUUUA